GUUAGCGCAAGGCGACAAAAGCCCGCUGUUUCGUCUCUGUGGCGGAGCAGGUGGAGGGAGGAUGGACAGCUUGUCCAGCCACAGCUCCUACCUGCUGCAGCAGCUGCAGGAGCAGAGGAUUCAAGGGCUGCUGUGUGACUGCAUGCUGGUGGUGAAGGGAGUCUGCUUCAAAGCUCACAAGAAUGUCCUGGCUGCUUUCAGCUGCUACUUCAGGUCAUUGUUCCAGAAUUCCCCCAGUCAAAAGAAUGAUGUCUUCAACCUGGUUAUCCAGGACGUCAGUGGAAUCGGCCAAAUCUUGGACUACAUGUACACGUCGCACCUGGAUAUCAACCAGGACAAUGUCCAAGCCCUUUUAGACAUUGCUCAGUGUUUGCAGGUGUCCAACAUCCAGAGCAUGUGCAAUGCUUUCCUGAAGCCGUGUCCUCCGCCGGUAGACAUUCCCUCAUUCACCCUCCCUGGUAUGCUGAACUCUGACCAUGACUGCCUCCUUGGCAGCAGCUUGCCUCAAGAUGUCGACCUGCACUGCUCGUCUGAGGCCCACAGGCCUGGCUUCAGCAGUGACUUGGAUCAGAACCGAAGGAUUCCUGCAUCUGUGCCAAGUAACAGCUCUGUUUGUGACCCAUCCAGCAACAUGCAGUCCCCUUUUGAGAAACAGUUAUUUCAUGGCUACAAACUUAGAAACUUUUACAGUAAGCAAUAUUUCAAGCAAACUGCCAUUCAGAGUAAUAACAACGCUGUGUCAAACCCAGGCCCCAGCCCCUUGGUGCUGGAGGAGUCUCAUUGUCAGCUAGGGGUUGGUCAGAGAGACAGCACCCCGGUGUGUCCAGUUGCCCCUCAGAAUUCUACAUGCACAGCACCGUCAGUGGAGAAGAGCACAGAUUCUAUACUAACCCCCUCAGACAGUUUAAACAUCUCCAGUUCUGAUCCAGGAGACUCCCUACUCAGCAAGCCGGUGCGUCCUAAGAAGACUGUUUACCUGAAGAAAUACAACUACUUGAGAUCCCAGAAAGCUUUGGAGGAGAUGUGUGCGGAGUCAGUCAGCAAACCGAUUCUGACCUGCUCAAUCGAGAGUCAACAAAUCGAGCCUGUGGUCCAGAUGGAAGCCCCGGAAUCCUCCACUGAAGGGCUUGUACCUGACAGUGUGGAUGUUCCUGAGGCGUCCCCGGAGAGACUCGUUCCCUCGCCCUCUCCUCUGGAGCCAGAUGAGAUGGACACUGAGACUGUCAGACCAGAUCCUCCACAGCAGUCGGGACAGAAACAGUACUGCUGUGACAUUUGUGGAAAGAUCUUUAAACACCCCAGUAACCUGGAGCUGCACAAGCGCUCGCACACCGGUGAGAAGCCAUUUCAGUGUAACAUUUGCGGAAGAAACUUUUCACAGGCUGGAAAUCUGCAGACACACCUGAGACGACACUCUGGAGAGAAGCCGUACAUCUGUGAGCUGUGUGGUAAAAGCUUCACGGCGUCGGGGGACGUUCAACGUCAUAAAGUGGUCCACACUGGAGAGAAGCCGCAUUUAUGUGACAUCUGUGGUCGAGGUUUCAACAAUUUAAGUAAUCUGAAGGAGCACAAGAGGACACACGCUGUCGAUAAGACCUUCACCUGUGACCAAUGUGGGAAGUCGUUCAACACACACAGGAAGCUUCUGAAGCACAAAGUCAGACACAACGGAGAGAAACCUCACAGCUGUGCCACGUGUGGGAAGAGCUUCAUUGGCUCCGGAGACCUGCAUCGCCACAUUCGCUCCCACACGGGUGAAAAACCAUACAUCUGCAGUACCUGUGGCAAGAGUUUCACCCGCUCAGCCAUGCUGAGGAAGCACAGCAGCAACCACUGCAAAGGAGCUCCGGCGGCGCCUGUGACCGACCCAAGCUCAGAGCACACCGUCGAUUCUAAAACAGUGGCUCAUAGUAAACCUCUUUCACCCAUCUGUGAGCAGACUUUUCCCACCGUGUCGCCUCAUGACACACAAGAGAAGCCUGCGUCACCUGAGCCUGCCCCCCUCAGCCCCGAGUCCAACCCGUCUUCCCUCACCGAGCUGCGCUCUCUGGUGCCACACCAGCUCCUGUCUUCCUCUUCCGACCACAUGAAGCUGACCAAAGCGCAGCUCAGCCCAGAGCCGGUGUACGGACCGUAUGAUGAGAACGGUGCCGUGGCGGUGGAGAAGGACCGGGGUCCAACCGCCAGACGGAGUGGGCCCGGCGCUGAGCACUCACCUUCAGGUUCUGGCCGCACAAACGGCAGCUCGUCCCGGUCUGAGGGUCAGUUUGUGUCCAGUGUGACUCUCUGGGGUUUGACCCUGAUCACUCUGCCAAAUGAGACCGACAUGGAGCAAUGACCUCGGGUCAAACGUGUACCACUGACCUUGGAUUUCACGCGUCUCAGCAACAUAAUUUACGAGGAUGUUUAUUUAUUCUGCAGGAAGGGCUUUCCUCACCUGGAAGCUAAUAAAAACAAGUGAAUUCCAUGUCUGACUCCUCAAUGCAAUCCCACCUGCUUCUAAAGAACAGUGUUAAGGGCCGUUCCAUUUUCACCGAGACAGUCGUUGCUGUGUAUGUGACUUUAAGGUUGCACACUCCCUUCCCUCGCUCUCCUCUCUACUCCCUCUCUCGCUCCUUAUCAUGCUAAAGUUAAUCCUGAUUAUGUACGCCGUCUAACUGGUGCAGAAUGAGGCCAGGCCUAAUGCCAUUUUACCCAGAAACAUUUCCAAAGCUCAUAUUUGGUCUCGGGAUCUAAUCACGUUUCCUUGCAUUGUGCUGUCGCAGCCGUUCAGGAUAGAUUUAAUUAACAAUGAGCUGUGACUGGAAUGGAUCCGUCUAAUUUCCGCUCCCGCCUUGUCUUUUGUGCGCCGCACUAUUAGCAUGUUUCUGCUCUAAUGAUGGAGACGCCGUCUCAUCAGCGUCAGGGCGAGGACGGUGGCCAUUUUAUGCUCUUCCCAACAAAGCCUGGCAGCAGCAGAGAACAUCUGUAAUUGCUGUGAAAUUGCAGCACAUUGUAUUGCUGGAUGAGAUGGAUAAGUGGCUGACCUAGUCUCUCUGCAGCAACUCCUCUGUGUUGAAGUAUGAAGGAGUGGCGAGUGUUCCUAUGGUGGCUGUGGUUUCUCUCCCCUUCAGAGGGUGGCACCUGAUGUGUCACAACUGAAAACCAUUUCCUUUGCUGAAUAAUAUCUUAUAUAGUCUCAGAUUAUCUGACGUGAUUGCUGUAUAGAUUCUUCUGCAAAGCCCAAAAUGUGCCUCCUUUUAAACAUGAAAAUCCCACUUGCAUAUCCCACACACAACACUCAACAUGGUGGCUGGGUCAGUGUAGCAGUGCUUCUUUCUGUUAAGAUGUCACUGCUAGUGUUGAAGUGGAGUCCACCUAACCUGAGACCACAGCAUACGGAGACCAAUGCGGAGACCAA